CUGUCUGAUAGCUGUCCGGAAGUGUGAUGUGUUCAGGCUUAAUGCUUGUGUGUUUAUAAAGUAGAGAUCACCGCAGACCGCUGAGCCAGGAGCUAACCGGAAUCCGCGGGCUAGCGGCGGCUGUCAGGGCUUCAAACACCGGGGGAGCUGCUGCGUUCACGGCGCAUCUGGACCACCAUCAUGCCCAGGAAGGACUCCCGGUCUCUCAGAACAUCUUCCUGAACGUCUCUGGAAUUCUCUGCUCAUGGAAUAACAAUAUCAUGGACACCUCUGUGCCGUCGGAGUUGGUCCCCGGUUCGGACAGCGGUGCCUCUGUCCCUCGGCUCCCCGGUAGUAACCUCCGAGAGGAUAACACCUGUCAGCGGCUCCUGGGCUCCAAGGGCCUUCCUCACCUGAACGGCUGCGUUCCACUUUCACACCAGGUGGCAGGUCACAAGCAUGGCGUGGAUAAAGUAGGAAUUUUACAACACCCAGAUGGUACCGUUCUGAAGCAAAUUCAACCUCCACCAAGAGGUCCACGAGAAAUGCAGUUCUAUGGCAUGGUGUUUGCAGAGGGCUGCUCUGAUCCAUGUCUCCUAGACCUCCAGAACCAUAUUCCAAAAUACUAUGGUACCUGGUCUUCUCUUGACAGCCCCAGUGAUGUGUACCUGAAGCUGGAGGACGUGACGAGUCGCUUCGUCAGGCCUUGCAUCAUGGAUGUGAAGCUGGGCCAGCGGAGCUACGAUCCGUUCGCCUCACAGGAGAAACGAGAACAGCAGAUCAGAAAAUACCCACUGAUGGAGGAAAUGGGCUUUCUGAUCCUCGGCAUGAGAGUGUACAAUGUUCAUAGUGACACGUUUGAGUCCAUUGACCAGCACUAUGGGAGGAGCCUGGUGAAGGACACCAUUAAAGAUGGCUUGGCAACAUUUUUCCACAAUGGCGUUUAUCUGAGGAAGGAUGCUCUUUGGGCCUGCAUACGCCGAGUUCGGCAAAUCCUCUACUGGUUUUAUUCCCAGCGCCAGCUGGUCUUCUAUGCCAGCUCUCUUCUCUUUGUCUACGAGGGUCUCCCCUUCUCUCCGCCCUCUUUGUUCCUCAGAAAUCCAUCAGUCAUUGAAGCGGUGACCAACACUGGUGAACUGUGGCUGGUGGCUGACAGCGGUCAGGGCCACGAGGAGAAAACUGUCCGGGAGGGGGCGCGGCAGGAGCAGGAAGUGGCGGAGAACAACAACAACAACAGAGAGGAGGCAGUGUCCUGGGACUGCACCGUUCACAUCGGUCGGAGAAAGGGUGCUCACCACCACAAUGGGCGUGGCCACGCCCUAAAGCACGGCGUGGCUGCUCCAAUCGUGGUGGCCACAGCCACGGGGGACCGUAAGUCAGUGCUGAGUGAAGAAGACAACACGACUCAACAAACAGGUGAUCAGAAACCGUCACCCAACAGAAACAAAGCAUCACCAAAAGGCCCGGAUUCACACCGAGAGAGGGAGAAGAGCAGCGGGGAGGAAGAGGAGGGAUGGAAAGGACCGAUGCGUGGAUGCGAAGGUGGAAGACAGGAGAACAUGGAGGAGGUGGAAGUCAAGAUGAUUGAUUUUGCUCACGUUUUCCCAAGUGAUAGCCAGGAUCACGGCUACAUCUAUGGCCUGAAACACCUGCUGACGGUGCUGGAACAGAUACUUUGUGAUGCCGCUCAGAGUUCACACCCCCGUCUGCUGACUCAGCAAGGAAACCGCACACCACCCUGAACCUCCAUGAUGUCGAAGCUCCCAGCAGCCUCUGUCCAUCAGACCCCCGUUUACACUGGUGCUGAUGAGCGGGUAUGACCACUGGUAUUACUGAAUAACUCUGUGUUAGGCUUUAAUGAGAAGAAUGGUAACACACACACACACACACACACACCGUUCAGGCUUCUCACUGGAAGGUUCUGUUCGGGUUCUGCUGGCUCACCAUCAGACCUGGAAAACAAACAACUGACUACCUUUUUAGUUCAACACCUUUCUGCUUUUUUAAUCCAAUCAACAAACUCCGAGUUGUGAGUCCUAACGCUACUGCUCGUCACUUUAAGAGGAUGUUGUGAAGAAUGAUUUCUGAAAGAACGAAGCGAUGCUGCUGCCGCUGCCGCUGCCGCUGCUGCUGCUGCUGCCGCUGCUGCUGCUGCUGCUGCUGCUGCUGCUGCUGCUGCUGCUGCUGCUGCUGCACCGGACCUUCUUCUGCAGGGCUAAACAGAUCUAGUAGUUUUUAUUGUCUACAGUCAUUUUAGGAAUCUUACUACUGUGCUGUACAGGAAAAUCUACAUGUCUGCUUCUUUAUUUUGUUCUCACUUUUCCAGUCGAUCACAUUGGAAGUGGAUUUGAUUGGCCUGUUCUUGCGGUCCCGGUGCAGGGUCGCGGUUCUGAGUUGAGGGAAAUUGCUUGUUUAACCCCUGAUGAGGGGUUUGUAACUCAGUUAUUUACUGUAAAUGUCCAGAUCUAUAUAUUUGUACUAAACGACAGAUCUUUUGCAGAAUAGUUGAUUUUUUGUUCCUCUGUAGACCAAAACGGACCAGGACACACCUGGCUGGACAGGAAACUGGGGCAGAGCUGCAUUUGUGAGUGGACUUGUCUCAGACUGAGAAGGUCGUCUACAGUGCCACCGACUAAACAUGAUUUUCUCUGUGAUGAAUCCGUCUCGGGACCAAAUCCUGGAAAGACAGCCCUGCUGUGAGCAGUGGAGAGCGGCCAUGGUCCAGAUGUGGGGAUAAAGGGAGGGUUUUUAUCCUGGUGUCGGUGUUUUAGGCUCCUUAGCAGAUGUAUGGGACCUCGUGUCACUCAUCUGUUGUGACCUCCGGCUGAAGCUUCUUUAGUCUUUACAGGAAGUACCAUGUUGUUGGGUUGGGUUGGUGUCCUGCUCCGCGGUUUGAAGGAGUGUUUUAUUGCUGAUGUCUGGUUCUUUCCUAAAACCAGUCGAACUGGACAGUAACUAAGACUGGAAGUGCACUAACGGUGAUCUCGCUGGUGGCUGAGAUGUAGGUGAUGGCGCUGAUGGGGUCGCUGAAGUGAUUUCUCACGUUUUUACAAGAAGGAAUGUUUUGUUUUAUACAAUCUGCUCUAAAUAGUCAGCAGAUGUUUUAUGACUUGAUUAUAUGAAAAGGCUAGAAAACUAAUUACUGGUGGAUGUGUGGAGCUUUUAUGUAAUUAAAGACUUUUGAUGAAUAAUCCAAAAGAUAUUUUUAUAGAUGAUGUGUUUUAUUUUUUGACUUGAAUGAGUUUACAGUGAUGUACAGGUUCAUCAAAAGUUCUGCUGGUGUACCGUGGGCUGACCCGUGGGCUGACCCGUGGGCUGGCUCAAACGUCAGCGAGGCUGCUGUGGUCUCAUCUCUUAAGCAUGUGAAGCUGAUGGUCCUCUGCCCAAGCCUCGCAUCCUGGUCUUCACCAGUCAUGACCAGAACCUCUAAUAAGGUUCACCUGUUGUCGUAUCCGUUCUGCCUUGUACUCAGAAACAUUAAAGUUCUGGUGACGUCAGCACGGCGGGACUUGAACUACUCGGAGUCCAUGAUGAAACAUCAGAGAACCUGAUAGGAACCUGACUUCACGUAUUUACCAGAUUUGAUGAGUGGGCUUGUUUUUAUUCCCUGAAUGAUCUUCAUACGUUUAAGUGUUCAGGUUCUGCUGGGUCUCAACACUGGACUCGGACUCGUUCCACAGUCCUUCAUUUAAAACCUGGAUCUAAUCUCGUGUCGAUCAGAAGACAGGUUGGAAUAUAAUUUGACAAUUCUAUUUUGUAAUAAACUUUAUUGAAUAUAUAUAUAUCUGUUCUAAUUUAAACCAAAUGAGAAUAAAAUCUCUUGUUUUCCCUAACAAUUCUAUUUUUAAUAAACUUUUUUAAAUUCAAA